GCCCGGAGCGUCCGGCACUGGUCCGACCCUUCAAGACCACACGUUCAUCGCGAAAUUUAGAAUUCGUUGAAAAUGAAGUCGAAAAUGAAGAAACGACCAGAUAGCUUGUAUGCAAGUCAGGAUCCCAAAAAAACGCCUCGCAUUUCUCCUUCACUUGGCGUUCAAUUGGUGCCAACGCGAAACCAUGUGAAGGGUAAAAUAGGUCAUUAUUGAGCUAGCGGUAAAACAACAAGGUUUCGCUACGAGUGAGGCGCCAUUCCCAGAUCAAGCGAUACAUUCCAAAUGACAGUGAGGUAGACCGCUUGCAACGACAAUGGCAGAUAGCUUUCUCGUUGUGGAGUCUCAAUCCUAUAUAUAUGGCUCUCCCUCAUUGGGAUUUUUAGCAGAACCGUAUCCUCACCAUUAUGAAGGGACUUCUUCUUUCUGCCUCUUUACUGCUCUCUGUGCUUCUCGCCAAAGCUCAGCCCCCGGCUGGUGAUCCUCCUCCUGCCGAUCAAUGCCCCAACGGAACUUGGCAUCUCGUCGAAAAUCCCGUAGGUUCGGGCGAAUGGGAAUGGGAGUGUAAGAGUCUCGCCUGCCCCGGCGACACUGCCGAUGCUAAGCGUAACUACUACAAUUCCGUGACUGACACAGUAUUCAGGUGUUGUCCGACCACUCGUCAGCUCGUCAUCUAUGAUCAAGCUUCUCGAGUUGGUGUUUGUUGCGCCGCAGGCUUGGUCUAUCUCGGUACUGCUCCAAACGGCCAAUGUUGCACUCCCGGUCAGAUCUUACAGGAUGGAAAAUGUGCAGACCCACCCACAAUACCACAAGGGCCCCCAGAGGGCUGCCCAUCUCAACCCAAUAAUGUCUGCAAAUUAAAGAAAGCGUGUGGGACUGCUGCUGCGAAUGGACUUCAAUACGGUAGCUGCUACCAAAUAACAUUCCCUAUAGAACAAGGUCCUCAGCUUGGUCGUGGCACCGAUGCUGCAGUUAAUCAGUACAAGAUGGGAGGGCACAUUCAAAACAUUCCAUUCAAGGUCUGCAAAACCACUGCAGACUGUGGUACUGGAGCUGUUCAAGCUACCGAUACUUUCUAUAUUCAAGACCAAAUUGGUCUUGCCGGCGACGGUACAGCAGCGGUGGCCUGGCUUGACAAUGCUGCGGCCCCUGCUUUGAUUUCUGCCGUCAACGCCGUUGCUACAGCUGGCCAAUUCAAGGGUCAGACCUCUUGCUCGGCAUGCAAAUGCGUUGUCUCUUUGACAGGAGCUGCAAGUGGUCUCGCUAUGCGUGGUGACCAGACUAACUCUGCUCUUACAUUCAUCCCCAACAAGCAGUCUUUCGUGGAUUUAGAGUUCUCUCAAGUUACUUGCGACAACUCGGUUAUCAUUGGGGGGGCCACUCCUGGUCCCAAGGUGCCGCUCCUCAAAGUGCAGAUACCCCUCAAGGUCUAAUUGUUAAACAUGUUCCCAAGUAGAGAUCCCGUCGUUUAGAUACGAAUCAAAUAAAAUAUUAUACAUAGUUUGUCAAUUAUCUACCAAUUUUCCCUCUGUUCAAGCAAUUCAUCGACAUGAGCAUG